UCGUAUGACGUGAAGCCAUCGCAGAAUGAUCUGGUGGAUCACAUUGACUUAAUCGCUGAAGCUGCUAAAAGAGAUGUCAAUUUGGCGGAAUCAAAGUUUAUACUUGCAUUUCUCGCUAAGAAGCCUACCAAAAGGAGAUUAACUGAUGAGGACAAUGCAAAGGAUGAUUUCAUAGUAGGAGAUGAAGACACUUAUGUAGCUUCCGAUGAAGAUGAAUCGGGUGAUGAAGACGAUGAUUUUUUUGAGUCUGUUUGUGCAAUAUGUGACAAUGGUGGCGAGAUUUUGUGUUGUGAAGGAAGCUGCCUGAGAUCUUUUCAUGCUACCAAAAAAGAUGGUGAAGAUUCACUUUGUGAUUCUCUUGGCUUCACCAAGAUGCAAGUGGAAGCAAUUCAGAAAUACUUUUGCCCAAACUGUGAGCAUAAGAUACAUCAAUGCUUCAUUUGCAAGAACCUUGGCUCUUCUGAUAAUUCUGCUGGGGCUGCAGAGGUUUUCCAAUGCGUGUCAGCCACCUGCGGCUACUUUUAUCAUCCUCGUUGUGUCACAAGACGGCUACGUUUAGGAAAUAAAGAAGAGUCUGAAGCACUAGAGAGACAAAUCAUUGCAGGAGAGUUUACAUGCCCAUUGCACAAAUGCAGUGUCUGUGAAAACGGAGAGGUUAAGACAGACUCUAAUUUGCAAUUUGCUGUUUGCCGGCGAUGUCCAAAGUCCUACCACAGAAAAUGCCUGCCGCGGGAAAUUUCUUUUGAAGAUAUUGAGGACGAGGAUAUAUUUACUAGGGCAUGGGAUGGACUCUUGCACAACCGUGUA